AUGCUGACACGUGAAACUCUACCAUUUCAAGUAGCUCAGCGCGUCUCUCGUGAGCUCCGGAAGCUUGUAACUGAUCCAUUGGACGGUAUCCGGUACAUACCUCAGGAGAAAGAGCAACUUAACGAGAUUUUUGCCGAAAUUCGUGGACCAGAAGACACUCCCUACGAAAAAGGCUACUUCUCGGUUAAGCUUACGCUCACCGAGAAUUUUCCAGAACAGCCACCACGUGGAGUUUUCCUGACCAAAAUCUUCCAUCCUAAUGUGUCACAGCCUGCAGGUGAGAUUUGCGUGAACACGCUCAAAAAGGAUUGGCAGCCGAUGCUCGGACUCUCUCAUGUGUUGCAAGUGGUGCGCUGUCUGCUCAUUGUACCAUUUCCCGAAUCGUCGCUGAACGAUGAGGCAGGCAAGCUAUUUCUGGAGAGUUAUGACGAGUAUGCACGACGUGCAAAACUAUGGACGGAUAUACAUGCCCCUAAACGAUCGGCUUUGGCAAAUGAGGAAGCCGGCGAAACGAGUGGAGAAGAAGAGAAGAAAAACAAUGAGGUUGUUAGCAACCAAACGGAUAGCCAACACAAACGGUCUGCUGACGGUAGUGUCGAGAUUGGUUUGGAUGCCAUACUUUCAACGCCGCUGAAAAAGGCGAAAACGUCUGGAAGUAAUCCUGGGUCUUCUCUCAAGAAAAAGAAGGCGAACAAGAAGAAAGAGCUCAAGCGACUGUAA